GACUAUGCAUUUGACUGGAGCAAUAUUUGAAAAAAGUAAAAAAUAAGAAACAUUUUAUAUUUUAUAUUUCUCUAUGAUUUUGGGGUUGUAAAUUGUAAAUACCAGAGAAAAGGUACAUUAUGUAAAGACUAAGUAUUUUCUAUAUUACUUAUUCCAUAGAAACUAUGGAUAAUAUAGAUGAAGUUACAGUUUUAAAAAUCGAGAAGGAAUUGAAGGAAUCGCAGGAAAAAGUCUAUACAUGUACCACAUGUAGCUACAAAACACUACGUAAGUGCAAUCUUAACAGGCACCAGAAAAAUCACUUGAAUCAACGACAGCUGCUUUCUUGUGAGCACUGUGCCAACAAAUAUAGGACAAAGGAAGGCUUACAAAACCACCUUUACAAUAAGCAUACUAAUUCCAGGGGGAACGAAUUGAAGGAAUCACAGAUAAAGGUAUAUAGAUGUUCCAUAUGUGUUUAUCAAACGCCAGUAAAGUACUCUCUUUUCAAUCACAAGAAAAUUCACUUGGCACCGGAAGAAAGACAAAUGUUUGCUUGUGAGCACUGUGGCAACAAGUAUACAUCAAAACGAAGCUUGAUAAGCCACGUUGAUAUAAAUCAUAGUGAUUCCAGUAUUAGGGCGAAGGCAUUGAAGAAAUCGCAAAAAAAGGUCCAUAGAUGUUCCAAAUGUGGCUUCCAAACGCCAUAUCAGUUCAGUCUUCAUAGGCAUCAGAAAAUUCACUUGGCACGGAAAGAACGACAGUUGUUUGCUUGUGCGCACUGCGACAACAAAUAUACAACAAAACUAUGGUUACAAUGCCACCUUCAGAAUAAUCAUAUGGAUCUGAGAAGGCUAGUAGAGCGAGAAGUCCCUCAAGAAGAAAGAGGGGCGAAGACAUUUAAGGAAUCGCAGAAAAAGAUCUAUAGAUGUUCCAAAUGUGGCUUCCAAACCCAUAUCACCCCAGUUUUAUAA